AUGUCCACUGCAUUUGCUGCUCUGUGGAAGAUAUUGUUCGUUUCACACGUCUAUGCGCAAGGUCAGAUUUAAUCUAGAAGAAAAAAUUGUGCGAACAUGAGGUGAAUUCUCAUGCACGUUUCUGUCGUUAAAUAUUCCAAUAGCUAUGGUUUACAAUGUGUCUUAAGUAACUCAGAACAAGAAAAAACUGAAUUUACAAAAAUAACACUAAGAAACACAAAAGCGACGUAACCCUUUGCAAUUAUUACUAUGCUUAGCAAUAAAGCGUUCAUUGUAGAUACGCAAGUUUAUAUGAACUGGGAUGAAAACAUUAAAACGAUGGUUUUUAUAUUUUCUGCUCUUGACUGAAUACUUCCUGCUCGAAGGCGCGAAAAACAGUGCUUUUAUUUUAUUAAUUUUUUUUUGCAGUAUUUUCUGUCAAAAUUGUAAUCAAAUGAAUAUGAAACCCUGUUUUCGUACAAUCUUAGCUGGUCUAGCCUUUCCUUGUUGAAUUUCUUUAAUUCACGACUUUUUUAGCUGCUCUUAGCUAGAUAUACCCUUCCUUUUAAAGUAGUAUUGAUCUGGUUGAAUUUCUAGCCUUCCAUAUAGUUAGUGAUACCGAAGUAUGGGCCCUAUGCUCAACCCUUCAAAUUAAAAUCAAAUUGUCUCGCCCGUGGCGAUCAAAAGUUACGUAGUGGUCUUCAGCACGUAAAAAUUUGUGAAGUACCAAGUCUUGCGCGAACUCUCUGCAAUCAAUUCUCAUGUCAGGUUGAAAGGCUUUUAAAGAAAGACUUUUUAAAAACUGAAAAUUAUCUUAUAUUUUAAAGGGACGUCGUGAGUUUGCAAAGGAAAUUGUUUAAGACUUCCGCAGUGAAUAUCUUGACUUGUUAAGAAUACGCAGUGACAGAUCCAAGCCUAAUUAAUUAACGUUUUCUUUGACACCACCUGUUUAUAUUUUAAAGUAGAAGAUUUCUUAUUGCGGGGCAAAAGACCUUUCUUCACGACAAUUUUUCCUACGCAGCAGUUGACGGCAACAAAUCUCUUUCAUGCGAACCAGAAUUCCAUGACAGUUGGCCAAAAAUUCAACGAUUCACUUGUUUUUAUUUAAUACUUUAAAUAAUUCCGUGUUCAUUAUGAUGGAUAACCUAUUCAAGGGGAAAUACCUCAAUUCACCAUUAGCCUACUUAGCAUAAAAAUAUUUACAACUGGUUGACACAGAAUCUGCUGAAGAUAGGGAAACUGAAUUAUAAAGAAAAGCAGGUUAGAGUAACGAUUUGCCCUUACGUGCGUAUCGCCCGAACGCAGCUGGAGCCCUGUGGCAUAUACAGCUGCCCCAGAUUGCUUCAUGUUGUUUUUUGUGAGAACACAUCAUAAUCAACUUGUGUUUCGUUCUGCAUUUUUCAUUUUUUUUUUUAAUCAGAAACGUGCAGAAUUUUGGAGUUUGUUCAACCCGAGGAAGACAAUUACCUCGAGAAUCACGUCAUUAAGUCCUUAAUGGUUGACAUCAAAGAUCAGUGUGAAGUGAGGUGUUACGCAGAGAACUUCUGUUCAUCCUUCAAGAUUGGAAUUUCAGAGACCAGGGGCAAAUUAAAAUUUUCAAGUAAAAAAUUCCUUAUUGCAGGGCAAAAGACCUUUCUUCGCGAAAACUUUUCCUACGUAGCAGUUGGCGGCAACAAAUCUCUUUCAAGCGAACCAGAAUUUCAUGACAGUUGCCCAAAACAUUCAACAAUUCAAUUGUUUUUAUUUAGAACAUUUAACAAUUCUUUAUUCAUUAUGAUGGAUAACUUAUUCAAGGAGAAAUACCUCAAUUCACCAGUAGCCUACCUAGCAUAAAAAUAUUUAACGAUUUGCCCUUACGUGCGUAUCGCCCGAACGCAGCUGGAGCCCUGUGGCAUAUACAGCUGCCUUAGAUUGCUUCAUGUUGGUUUUUGUGAGAACAAUUCAUAAUCAACUUGAGUUCCGUUCAGCAUUUUUCAUGUUUUUUAUUAUCAGAAACGUGCAGAAUCUUGGAGUUUGUUCAACCCAUGGAAGACGAUUACCUCGAGAAUCACGUCAUUAAGUCCUUGAUGGUUGAUAACAAAGAUCAGUGUAAAGUGAGGUGUUACGCAGAGAACUUCUGUUCAUCCUUUAAUCUUGGAAUUUCAGAAACCAGGGGCAAAUUAAAAUGUGAACUCAGUGACUCUGAUCACUUUCAACAUCCUGAACAUCUCAUUUGUAAGGAAGGCUUCUCCUAUCAUCCGACCAUG